AUGGCGUCGUCACGGGUGAUGGCGUCGUUGUCUCCACGGCAGCACGUCGGGGCGGGCUCGUCCGCGGACCUCGCGCGAUUCAAGAGCAGCGGCGUCGGAUCGAUGAACAUGGACGACAUCAUCCGUAACAUCUACGGCCCCGAGGCCGUCAACGCUGCCGCCGCCGAAAGCGCCGGCCUCGGCCCGGCGGAGCCCUCCCUGGAAGCCCCGGAGGCUGCGGCCCGGUGGACGUCGGAGGAGGGGUGGAAGGAGAUCUCCGCUGCUGGAGGGCUCCCCACACCCGUCCUCCCUAUCCCUCCCGCCGCCAGCUCUGGCGACGGCGGCGCCGCGGAGAUGACGCUGGAGGAUUUCCUUGCCAGGGAUUCCUGCGGCAGGGCGGCGGUGAUGGAGGGGAACAUGGCGCUGGGGUUCCCUGACGGUGACGGAGAUGCGGCAAGGAGCGUGGCGGGGGGAGUGGGCGGCGUGAGGGGAGGCGGGAAGCGGGCGCUUCUGGAUCCCGCGGACUGCGCCGUGAUGUAG